CGCUUCCACUCGUCCUCCGCCCCCCCUCUGCCUCGGCCGCCGCUGCUGGUCCUGCCGGCGCGCGCCUGGUGGGCGGGCGGACUGCAAGACGGGCGCGGGCGACUUGUCGAAGAGCAUCGCAGCCGCGGAGGACAAGAUCCCCAUGCUCGAGACCCAGCUCAAGGCAGGGUCGGAGGCGAAGGUGCAGAGCGAUGACGCCGCCAAGGAGGCCAAGACUGACCGCGCCGACGCCAAGGACGCGAUGGCCGAGGCCACCGCCGUCCGCGAGAAGCAGGCCGCAGACUUCGCGUCCCUCGAGGCGGAGUACACGGCCAACAUAGGCGCCAUCGCCAAGGCCGUUGCCGCCUUGGAGAAGGGCAUGGGAG